AUGUUGUGGGAGUGGGAGGACGGCGACAAGGCAGUGCGGACGGGCGAUGAGGUCCCCGUCGAUUUCAACUUCUUCUCCUUCUUCGCCAUGCCCAAGGAUUACUACAAGAUACCGGAAGUUGAUUAUGAUGCGUUGGAGGAGACAAUCAGGUCGAGCUACAUCCAUCUUGCGCUGAAAUGGCACCCUGACAAGAAACAAGGUGAAGAAAAGGCAACCUACAGAUUUCAGGACAUUAAUCACGCGUACCAAGUUUCGGCCGUAUUCAUCGCGCGGCUGCUAGAAUACCACCCCUCUGAACGCUAA